CUGAAUCAGUUGUUCAGUGUAUGUAAAAUGCGUGUACGUUGCACGAGCGUUUCUUUCCAGUUAUUACACCCUCGGUGAAUCGAUUUAGAAGUUUACAAUUCGUCACUAAUUCAAAAAUCAGUUCCCCAUCUUUCGUUGAUCAUUUGUUUCAUGCAUAAUGAAGAUCGCAUCGUUGGAAAACUAUUUUACUUUGUUGACAACAAUCAUAAUAAUGAGCCAUGUCACAAUAACGAGUGCUUUACUUAAGCGAUGCUACCAAUGCCGUUCCCGAAGCGAACUCGGGAGUUGCAAAGACCCAUUCUUAUUUAAUGCAACUCAGGUAGAAAACGAACGUGGUGUUUCCGCCGUUCCUUGUGCAUCCGGUUGGUGCGGUAAAGUCAUCGAGGGAAUGGGUUCUUUCAGAGAAGAUGACUACGAUAUGGCUACCCAGCGAAUGUGUGUGCAAAGAGGACCUUCGGAUUCGGAAGAUCGUUGCGCAUAUACUGUGUACAAUCACAAGAAGGUGUACAUGUGUUUUUGUCAAGGAGAUCUCUGUAAUGGUUCCGACAGGCUUCACGGCGGACGCAAAUGGAUAACAUUAACUAACGCAUCGCUAAUCUCUCUAGUGCUCUUGAGGUGGCUAGUGUAAAGAAAAAGGUUUAAUACAAGAUUUCAAUCAGCUGUUGGUAGGACCUAACGUUCACUAUCGGUUAGGAGUGUAUGGGAUUCCUCAGAUUCCAUUUAUGAUGAAAGUGUAUUUAUGAUGAAAGUAUCUAGUAUCGUAAUUAUUGACUCAGAUAUGUUAUUCCCAUUCCGUCCUAAAUCAUUCCAAAUGGUUUGAUAGCUCUAUUCAUGAUGCAAUACAUAAUAAUAGUUUUAAAAUUGUUGGUGAAUUGACGGAUGUUUUUCGAUGUUUUAUAUUUAUUGAAAAUCGUUCUUGUAAUCGCAAUAAAAACUUUAAUAUGAAAUUUGGUUUCUGCAUCUAC